CUUAUGUACAAAACAGCUGGAUCGCACAUGUUUCCCCAGUUUCCCUCUCCAGUCACACCAACUUCAUUUCAUAUUAUCCCAUAUUUAUCCCACCAGUCACCAUAAAACCUCGAUCACACAAUCAUGCCUUUCCACAUCCGCGACGCCAUCACCUCCCCAUCAGACACGGACGCCAUGUUCAUCUCAUCCGCCUUCGACUCGUGCAUCCCGCACCUCGCCAGCAUUGGGAGCGCCACCCAAUGGGGCACCACCCCGCUGUCCACCUCCCGUCCCGACUUGGUCACCCGCCACAUCACCGCCAUUGCCGACGCUGAAAAAUACCGUCUCUCCGGUUCCGGUUCGCCCUUGCGCGUCUUGAUUGCUGAAGCGCUCUUGCCGCCGAGCGGGAGCGGGGAGGAGGAGUCCAGGGUCCCCGUCGGCGCGGCGACGCUGCGUGCGGGUUAUUUUCCUCAGUAUGUGUGUGACCAGAAGCACUUGCAGGACAUUACCAGCAGAGUGCUGGCUGGGGACGAGGGGCCGUUUAUGUUCUUGGAGAUUCUCGUCACGGAUUUUAGGGAGGCGACGAAAGCGUAUCGCAAAGGUGCCGGGGCUGCGCUGGUCGAGUAUGCGCGCGAAUGGGCGGCGAGGGAACUGGGGAUGGGCGUGAUGUACGUGGACUGUUGGGCGGGGAAUGAAGAGAAAUUGGUUAGGUUUUAUGAGGCACAAGGUUUCAAGAGAGUGGACAGGUUUGUGGUUGAGAAGCCUAAUGGGGAGAAGUGGCCGGGCAUGUUUUUGCGAAUGGAUAUUGGGAAGAAGUGCUCGGUGUAAGUGGUUUCUCCCGAGACGUGGGUUUGGGAUCCUGUGUUGUAUCGCAACUUCCUCUCCGUGUACGGGUAUGGUGCCACACCCCUCCUUUCAAGGCCGAAUCCAGCCGAGAAUGGAGGGAACGUGUAGACUUGAACCCCAACUUCAAGUUCGCACAAGAACAGCUUCUCACG